CAAUCACAGAAAAAUUAGAACACGAUGACAGUUGCCAAAUAUGUGACACCAGCGCCAUAGACGGCAUUCAUCGCAAACUGCGAAUCAAUUGUGAAAAAACAUUUUCGACGUACGCAUUCUUUCCGGCUGUCACUGCAAAGAUAAAUAGCGACGAUGGCUGUACGUUACGAAUUAGCUGUUGGUCUUAACAAAGGCUUUAAAACCACCAAAAUUCGCCGUGUUAGCUACAAAGGCGACAAAAAAGUCAAGGGACUUAAAGGAUCCAGCGUAAAAAAUAUCCAAACCAAACACACCCGAUUCGUUCGUGAUUUAGUCCGUGAAGUCGUUGGACACGCUCCAUAUGAGAAGAGAUGCAUGGAAUUGUUGAAAAUCUCAAAGGAUAAGCGUGCACUGAAAUUCUGCAAAGCUCGUUUGGGCACACACAUCCGUGGAAAGAGAAAGCGUGAAGAAUUGUCCAACAUCUUGACACAAAUGCGUAAAGCCGGCCAUGCCAAGUAAACUCUAUCUGCAUUCUCCAUUCUGCGUUUCGGCAAAUUCACAUACCAUCCAACUGCUAUUUCCGACCGCCUAAGUGCAAGCUCGGAUUUAUCUAUGUGAAUUAAAUUUACGAAAGAAAUAAUAAAAAAAAAUGAUUUGUUCAUUUUGAACAAAAGCAAAAA